GUGGCAACCGUGAGUUUGGACACCCUUGUUAAAAAAAAAAGAAAGAGCCAUGCUUCAUUGCUUUACAGUUCAAGCAUCUAAUGUCGAGCUGGGGUUAGGGUUUUAUUUUGGUUCAUUUCCUCUGUGAACGACACAUAUUGCUCGGAUGGAAUCGAAAGAUGGAAUUGUAGAAAUCGACCGUUUGGAGAGAGGUUUGUUAUUGGACAGCGAUUACGAAGCCGAUGACGACGACGAACCUGUUCUUUACACGGCGACAUUUGAAGAAACGGAAGAGAAUUUUGUCAAGUACCAGACGGUUCUGUGGGUGAUGUAUUCGUUGCUUCUCACUUUGGCUUGGGGAAUUGGGUUAUUCAUGUUGCUUUAUUUACCACUCAGGAGAUAUAUAUUGCGUCGAGAUAUUCGAUCCAGGAAGCUCUACGUCACUCCCAAAGCCAUUGUCUAUAAAGUAGCAAGGCCAGUCCCAUUUCCAUGUUUUGGGGAUUUAAAGAAAGAGAAGUAUGUUCUAUUGCCUUCAGUUGCUGAUGUUGUUAUUGAACAAGGGUAUCUACAGUCCUUUUUUGGUGUCUACUCUGCUAGAAUAGAGAAUAUUGGUGUAAGAAGGCCUCCAAGUGAUGAUGUUCGGAUCCAAGGCAUUGCAAAUCCUCUUGCUUUUAGGAAGGCUGUUCUAACACGCCUGUCGAGUAUGAGAAGUGAGGUAUUCCCUAGGCAAACUUCUAUGUUUGAAGAUAUUCCAGAAUUGAGGAUAGGUCAUUCGCCAGCUGCUUCGUUGCAGAUGUCUCCAUCAAAAUCUAUUAGGCACGAUUCUUUUUCUCAUAUUGGGGAGCAUAUAAUUUUACAAAAAUUGGAGGAAGUUGGAAGUUCUGUGAAGAGAGUUCAAACUUUGAUAGAGGAGCAGCAUGCUGAAAAAACAGAACCUAUUGAUUGAGGUUACAAAUUGAGGGAAGCCACAAGAUAAACCUAUUUGUGGCAGCAGUUGUUUUGAAGUUGUGUAUAAAUCAGUGCUUUUGAUCUGCUCAGGAUAGCAGCUAGUUACAUCUAGCACCAGAGGUUAAUUGGUCAAUUUCACAUAUUUGCUCUAUACUCCCAUGAUGUACACAGAAAUUUUUUGCAUGUACUGGAUGACCUUGAUGAUUUUGGUCUGUUUCUUUACUUAUAGUUCUCAUAGAUUGUCAUCUUAU